AUGUGUGGUGUUGGUGGUGUGGUUGUGUGUUAUUUUGUUGGGUUUUUUGCUGGUUGGUGGGUGGUGGUAGUUGGGUUUCUGUUGAUAGUGGGUUGGGAGUGUGUGGUGGUGUUGGGGGUGUGUCAUGUGUUUGUUUUUGGUUGGUUAUUUGGUGUUUGUGGUUGUGGAGUGUUGUGGGUUUGUGGUUUUGGGGUGUUGGUGGGUUUUGUUGCAGUUUGUUUUGCUCUUGUUUUGGGUUGUUUGUCGCAUGCUUUGAUUGUUGUGUGGUUGUUGUUUUUUGUGUUUGUGGUGUGGUGUGUGUUGGGGGGUCUAUGGGUUGUGGUCAGUGCAGAACUUACUCGUCUCCAGGUGUUUCCUCCGGCUACAGUGCAGCUGGACGCUCUGGGGUCUUUGUGCUAG